CAGUGUGAUCCACGAUGGCCUUUUUCAUCGUCAGUCGACUGCUUUUGUUGACUCUUCUGCUCAAAGGGACUGAAGGAAGAGAGUGGACCCCCGAAUCCGACGAUUCUGUACAUUUUGGUGAGUUCUGCCUUCGGAUUUCUGAUGACUCACAUUGGACCACUUCCAAACCAGAUCCCCAACCGACUCCAACGUCUGCUCAACCAAACCGACCGACUGAAAAGGCGCCCAAAAAGCCACAGAAAAGAAUCAUCAAACCAGUCCCGCUGCCUGAACCUUCCAGCAUCCCAGACGACCUGCCGGAGGUUGUCACCCAUGACUACACUGAUAUUGUGAGAGUGCCAGCCAACCUUUUACAUGAACAACCCUUAAGUGGAUGUCGCUGCAACGAGGAGAAAAUGAAACAGCCAGGUGAAACCUCCAGAGUUGUAAGCCUGAUGAAAUGGUACCCCAGUGAAACCUGUAGCUCAGCUGAAUACAUAGAGACAUUGGCAGAUGGCAGAGAGGUUUGUGUGGCUCCAUUCAACCUGUUUACAUACUUUCAUUCUUUACUGAGCUCCUUGUCUAAGCCUGACACUUUGGCAAUCCCAAAUCAAGGCUAUUCAGACGACUACAACGACUACGACGACAAAGUCAGGAAUCCACCUAAAGCCACUGAAAUAGAGGGAAAGACUGUUCUAUACCCCAGUCCUCCCAAGGAACAUGCCUCAGUGAACCAACUUAAAGCUCAGAGCAAUCAUCAGUCCAUCAACCCCCCAGCUUGCUGGGCCUGCACCUCACUCAUAACAAAUUUGGACCAAAAGGUUGUACAGUCCCUGGAUGUGGAGAUGCAGCCAUUGCCUUGUCCUCUUUAUAUUUCCAUCAAACUAAAAGACAACUUGUCUUUGUGUUUUGAAUUGUUGGAGUUUGAGAGAGGGUUGCACAGCUUGGGAAUACCCCUAUCACUUGAAGAUAAUUCUGAGAGCACACCAACAAACAUUGUUGAUGGAUGUCGGUGCAAAGAGAAAGCCAUGAAACUUCCAACCGAAUCUUCCCCAAUCAAAAAUGCAAGGAUCUGGCUCUCCGAUGAAAGGUGUAGCUCGACUGAAUUCAUUGAGACACUGAUGGAUGGAAGAGAGGUGUGUGUGACUGCAUCCAGCAUUUCAACUUACCUUCAAACUCUUCCACAGAAACAGUUCUUGGAACCUUUAGAUCGUGGACAAGGGAUGCCUAUCAGUGUGCAAGGAGGAGAAAACUUCUUAAAAAAAGUCACUGAAACAUUACACGAACAACCAUAUGUGUGCCUGGGCUGCAUAUCCACUAAAAAGUGGACCAGCAUUGAACAAAAGGAUAUACAAUCCCUGGAAUUUCCCGAACCCUCACCUGGCUGUCCCAUCAUCAUCCGACUACGUCUGACAGAUGAAACAGAAUUCUGUGCCGACUCAUCCAACUCGUGGUUCUGGGAUCUGAUGCAUAAGCUGGAUAUGCAAACUCCGGAAAAAGCCUCAAAUAUGAUUCUAGAGGGGGCUGAGAUGUAUGAUCCUCCAUCCAGUUAGGCUGUAAUAGCUUUUAGUCGAUAGAAUUCUGCUUGCCUUUUGUUUUUUAAUGUUUUGCUAACUAAUCUAUACAUAUUUGCUAAGAAAAGGUGUAAAAUUCCCCAACUCCACUUUCUUUAAUAAGAAUUUGUAACUAUUUUUUUUUAACUGUGAUCCCAUUUAUUGGAUGUUUAAAAAAAGAAACAAACACAUUUAUAGGGGGUCAGUUCUCUUCCAGGCAGUUGCAAUUUAGUGUUUAGCCUGAAGUGUCUGUGAAGAUUCUCAGUCAUCCAGGUCAUGGUUAUUCUCGUAGAUUAAUCGUAGCAACUGGACUUGAAGACGUUUCCAGGGAGGACAGACGGUUUGAGAGAGGGGUGAAAGACCAUCACUCAACAGAGGUGGAGGUCUGAGGCAUCACCACUCACCUGUUUACAAUUCAGUCCUAAGAUCUCUCCCUAGGAAGCUGAAACCAGAGUCACACUUAGCCACAAAAGACCUGAACGGAUCCCAUCGUGGCAGGGGGGAGCACUAACGACUCACAUAACGAGAGGGAGGAGCAACAAAGCCCCA